CGCUUCCCAGAGGAUGACCUCACCUCCUGCUUCCCUAUUGCUUAGCUAUAUUAAGAAAGUCGCCGGCCCCUUUAAAUACCGGCGCUGCAAUGGAAUAAUCGAGGAGAGGCGCGAGAGGGAGGAAGAGAAAGGGAAAGAGAGAGAGAGAGAGAGAGCGCGCGCGAGAGAGAGGUGGCGAUUUCCAGGGCUCGUGAAUGGCAUAGAGUUUGGGAAGCAAAGCAAGGCAAGGCAAGGAAGGGAAAGGAGGCGAAGCCAUGGCGGCGGCGAUCCGGAAGAAGCUGGUGGUGGUGGGCGACGGCGCCUGCGGGAAGACCUGCCUCCUGAUCGUCUUCAGCAAGGACGAGUUCCCGGAGGUGUACGUGCCCACGGUCUUCGAGAACUACGUGGCCGACAUCGAGGUGGACGGCAAGCAGGUGCAGCUGGCGCUGUGGGACACGGCCGGGCAGGAGGACUACGACCGCCUCCGCCCGCUCUCCUACCCGGACACCGACGUCAUCCUGAUGUGCUUCUCGGUCGACAGCCCGGACUCGCUGGAGAACAUCCCGGAGAAGUGGGUGCCCGAGGUCAAGCACUUCUGCCCCAACGUGCCCAUCAUCCUGGUGGCCAACAAGAAGGACCUGCGCCACGACGAGCACGUGCGCGCCGAGCUGGCCCGCAUGAAGCAGGAGCCCGUCCGCGCCGAGGACGGGCGCGCCAUGGCCCUCCGCAUCCAGGCCUACGACUACCUCGAGUGCUCCGCCAAGACCAAGGAGGGCGUGCGCGAGGUCUUCGAGACGGCCACGCGCGCCGCCCUCCAGAAGCGCCACGGCGCCCAGGGAGGCUGCGCCCACUGCUGCAAGCUCCUAUGAGGCGGCAGGAGGAGGAGGAGGAGGAGGACAAUGGGACUCUCCAGCCACCCCUCCCUCCCGCCCUCCCCCUUGGCUCCUUUAGGCAGGAGGAAUCAGGAGGGCCUUCUCCUUCCCACCUUUCCUCCUUGGCCAAAGGAAGCCUGGGACAGAGGACAUCAGGAGGAGGACAAUGGGACUCUCCAUCCAUCCCUCCUCUUUGGCUCAUUUAAGCAGGGAAGGGGAAGCUUAGAGAGGGGAGAUGCCUGGCACUCACCCAACUGAAGGAACUAACUGCAAGGCCU